AUGAGGAGAUAAAACCUCAAACAAGAUCUCUAUUCACAAAUUUCUACUAUUGGAUAGUCAUCCUCUUCUAAAAGAAGUAACCUUAAUAUUGAUGAUUUGAUUUAUCAAUUCAAAAUGAGGAAAUCCAAUUACAAAUUAGCAAAACAAUACUCUGAAAUCAUUAAAAUAUUUGAUAACAAACAAUCAUCAAAAUAAUCAUUUCAAUAUUAAAGCAAUCAAUUAUCAAACAAAAUUAGAUUAAAGACUGAUGAAUCAUAAGAACUAUUAUCAAUUUAACAAAAUCAAUAAAGAUUGUCACAUUAAAUAGAUAUUCGUUAAAUUAUCAAUGAUACUUCUCCUAUCAAAAUUACACCUAGACAUAAUUAUGAAAAUUUUAAGACAUUCUAAGAAACAGAUACUAAAUCUCAUGAAUCUAAUACUUAAAAUACUCAUCUUGCUAAUUUCGGUCCCUUAUCUUCAAAUCAAUGUGAAACAGAUGAAGAAAUCUAAUUAAUUUCAUAGCAAAGUCUUUAAAAACUUUCAAAAUUCAAAACUUUAGAAUAAGAACAGCUAUCAACUUUUUUUAUUAAAAUUAAUACUUAAGUUCAAAAACACAAUACUAAACUUUUAAAAUAAGGAUUUUUUAUGAUUAAACUAUUCUCUAAAUGGACUCUUAAAGAAAAAGCUACUAAAAUUUAUUUUUAAUUUUUUGAACGUAAAAUUUAAUCAUAUUUUGAUCUUGUUUUAAUAUAUGAACAAUCAAUAGAUGAAAAAAAUAAUGAUUCUCAAUAAAGAAUCUUAUCAGAUAAUGUUUUAACUCCAAUUAAUUUAAACAUCUAUAAUUUUUAAAUUCCUACUCUUAAACCUGUCACCUAAUUUGGUGCAAUUAAUGUAAUCUAUUUAUAUCUAUAAUUUAUAGUUUGAGGAGUAUUUAAAAAAGAAAAAUUUAAAUAAUGAAUGA